GUCUUUUGGUUGGUGUGGGUUUCUCAACUUAAAAUCUCGAACAGAAACCGUUCGCUGCUGUUAUUCUCUAUUACACACAAGAAAGAAACAAGAACACAAGGGACAAUGCACAUCCCCACCCUCCUAGCCACGGCUGCCGCCAGCUUCGCAGCAACCGCCCUGGGCAGCAGCAGCAGCAGCAGCAGCAUCAACGACUUCAGCUGCCGCAGCACCACGCACCCGAACCCGGUGGUCCUGCUGCACGGGCUGGGCGCGACCUUCUACGAGGACCUGAACUACCUGCAGGGCUGGCUGCAGGCGCAGGGGUACUGCACCUUCGCGCAGACCUACGGCGCGUACGCGGGGUUCCCCUUCCUGGGCGGGCUGCGGAGCAUCAACGAGUCCGCGGGCGAGAUCGCCGCCUACAUCCGCGAGGUGCACGCGCAGACGGGCGCCGCCAAGAUCGACCUGGUCGGCCACUCCGAGGGUGCCUUCCAGUCGCUGUACGUGCCCAAGUUCGAACCCGGGGUUGCCGACUUGCUGGACAAGGUGGUGGCCAUCGCGCCGCCGACGCGCGGCACCACCUUCAUCGGCCUGUAUAACCUGGCGUAUCUGUUCGGGAAUGUCUCCCGCGAGGCCGUCGGCGAGGUGCUCGAUACGCUGGGCUGUCCCGCGUGCGAUGAGCUGGGCCCCGAUGGCGCGGCCGUCGAGCGGUUGAACGAUGGGGCCCCGAUUGUGCAGAACGGGAAUAGCUUGACGGUGAUUGCGUCUAAGCUCGAUGAGAUGGUCACGCCGACGAGUACCUCGUUUGUGCACGAGGACGGCGUGCGGAACGAGUGGGUGCAAGAUACCUGUCCGCUGGAUCCGGUGGGGCAUAUCGGCGAGGCUUAUGAUUUGAAUGUGUGGAACUUGGUGAAGAAUGCGUUGGAUGACACGCCGGAUCGGAAAUUCGUGUGUCUUCUGGGGUCUCCUGGGAAAUAGAGUAUGGAUUGACGAAAAGCAAAGGUUGGAUUGGUACAGUCUAGCGGGAAUAUGUGGCAGUGUAUAUAAUGUAUAAUUGAAGCACAAUC